AGCCUAAGCAAACAAUUUGUUUGUUGUUAUCAUUUGCAUUAUACCGAAGUGCGCUAUUUCGGUGAUAAAUCAUAUACGGAGAUCCAGAUAAGUCCAUUAGUCCAUCCAUCGAGCCAGGAUCUCGUCGUUGACUACAGACACCGGACUAGCCAAGGUUGUGCAAUCUGCAAUAAUGGUGAACUGGGCAAUGAUCGGGUCAAUGAUCCUGCCCAACACGGGCGGCUGGGCGGGCGCGCUGGCCAUGGGCGGGCAGGUCAAGAACAGCGACGGCCAAGCGUGGUACCAGACCAUCAAGAAGCCCAGCUGGAACCCACCUAACUGGGUGUUUGGACCCGCGUGGACCGCACUCUACACCGGCAUGGGGUACGCCUCCUACAUGGUCUACAGAGAGUGUGGCGGGUUCACAGCGCGCGCGGUGGUGCCGCUGUCACUGUACGGAGGGCAGCUCGUGCUCAACUGGAUGUGGACUCCCAUCUUCUUCAAGUUCCAUCAGAUUGGCCUGGCGUGCGUGCACAUAGUGACGCUGGACGUGGCGGCGGCGGCGUGCGCGGCGGCGUUCUACCGCACCUUCCCCACAGCGGGCCUGCUGAUGGCGCCCUACCUCGCCUGGCUCGCCUUCGCCACCGCGCUCAACUACUCCAUCUGGGACCUCAACAAGGACAAGAUCACUGAUGGAAAGGAGAAACUAUAAGAAUGUGGUUUUGCUUUUUUGGUGUUGGAAGAUUGGGUUUUUGUAAUGGCCUGUUUUGUACUGCGGUCUUGUUUUAAGAUAUGCUUACCUAUUGUAUUAUUACUGUACACUACAUAAUUAUAUUGUUAUAUUAAGCACAAAUUAUAAUUAAAAUAUAUUUAAACAUAUUUUUCAAUCAAA